AAGCGGUAGACACAAGUGGAGGGAAGGAGUGUGUGAAUUCAUAAUAAUACUUUACAAAUAACGUACAGGAUAUGGCACAUUUCCGUGGACAGAUUCGUGGGCCACACUGGGGCGCCAAAAGGGACAACAUACUGAUAGAUUUCUGGAAAAAGCACGAAUGUCUGUUUAAUUCCUCAUUGGAGUCUUUCUAUGACAAGGAAUUGAAGACGAAGCUGUGGUCCGAGUGCGCUUUGUUGAUUGGAAAAUCUGUAUCUGAUGUUGAGAGAAGAUCCAGAUCUCUGCGAACUCAGUAUGGGCGGGUGUUAUGCCACCCAGAGAGGGUGAACACUUUUCAACAAAGGAUGCUGAGAGAGAAAUUGAACUUUCUGAGGCCGUACAUUGUUCGUAGACGAAGCGAUUGCUGUCCAGAAGACAAGUCUGAUGAGCAUGAGGAGGACGACGGAGAGCUCGAGACUGAGGGGAGUGGUGAUCACGAGACGGGAAGUACAUUGGAUGCUGAUGAGACACUUGAGGACAGGUUUACACCUGGGGCGUCCACCUCAAAUCCCUCCAACUGUCCAUAUACGCAACCUCAUCCUGCAGAUGCCACGUCCUUGAGCUUUGAGCCUCAUGGUGACAAAGUUUCACCGGAUGUUUCUGAUCAAUUCGCAGCAGCAAACCUUCCUAAAGACAACAUACUCGAGCAGUUUGUCAACAUCAUGCUGGCGGACAUGCGACAGAUUAAAAACCACAUGGUGCUCAUGAAACUUCGCCGAGAUAUCACCGAUCUGGUGUUCAAAGCAGUGGAGGAGGACAUGCAGAGACGUAUUCAGGUGUGCUUUACACACCAAGGAGAAACCGCACCGUUGCACAGCUCCUUCAGACCCCAAGCGUCAUACUCGCACAGAGUUUUUAGAAGAACGAACAAGGGGCCUGAGAAGCACAUGGAGAGGAUGUGCAGGAACCAAGCAGGUCCCACACAGGAGGAGGUGAAGGGUGGUAGUGUCCCUCAGGCUGUGGUACAGGUUUCUGAGAUCAAAUUAGAACUAGAACCACAGGUGGUUAAAAACGAGGAGGAGACGCUUCCUGUGCUUUGAUGUUUCAAUUUUUCAACCAAUUAAUGUUUUAGAAUGCAUGAUUCUGGCAGGACUCUCAAAUAAUACGUCGUUACUAGGGAUGGAACGGUACGGCAUCAUUGCGGUUUUAAGGUCACGGUUCCGUUCAUUUUGGGUACAGUAGGGGAACAAAAUACUAAAACUGCUAAUAUGUAAACAGCUUAAAGUUGAAUCAUUUUUCCAAUGAAACAGAGAAAAACGCAGAUUGCUGGUGUUCCAGCUCCGCCUUCUCCUUGGCACUAUCGCCAUGACUCCCACUAAGCAAAGACUGGGCUUUUUGUUCACUUCCUGUCCCUCACUUAAUGUGUACCGUGGGGAAAAUUGGCACGCCUCUGUGCCGCAGCACCAAAAAAUCCGAUGUACCGUUCCACCCUAAGCCUUUCAGUGUUGUUGACAAUGGUUUUAUAGUGUCAGAAAUAUAGUCAAAAAUGCAGAUACACCAAAACACUGAAGGGCAUGCAGGGUUUCCGUUACAUGCAAUUGAUCGUGGCGCAGCACCAAAACAAAAUAAAAGCCGCUACACCUUACAAAUGAGGGUUUCAUUUAAAACUUGAAAACAAUUUUAAAUAAUAUAUUGUAUGAAUGGACAUAUAUGGUAUAUACUGUAGAUACAUAUAUAGCUUAUUAUUUACACCCAUUUUGACCACAAUUAGUUUGAAAACAAGAUCAUAAAAAUGUUUCACUGCGCUUUAUUUUGAUAAGUAUGCACCGGAAUCACCUGUCUGCCCUGUUGGCACUUGUGUAUGUAAGACCAAAUUAAAGUAAGCGACAUGUCUUGUGUUGACGUUCACUUUGUUUCUUAUUAUCGAGAGUAUAGCCUGAAAAAUGUGUAGUCAACUGACAGCUUGUCACAUGCUAAGCCUGUCUAUGCCAGCAUGUGUGAUCACUCACUUUUCAAUCUCAUCCCAUUUUCCGGCAUUUUGGUUUACACAUUUUGCCUGGCUCUCACUGCCUCUCUGGCGACAACUCGCUAGCUCAUUUUUGUCCCACGGGCGAGCUAACUUACUUUUCUAAAGUGCACUUAAGAAUGUUGCUCUCUUGGUAUCGUUAUAAUACUUAUGGCUUGUCUUCAAGAAACUAGAUGUGUGUCUAAGUUGUUCAACAAAAGCAUGUAUUGUGUCCAGCUUUAAAAUUACAGGGGUCUCCAACAGGUAGCUCAUAAGCUAGCAGGACACCAGCCGACGUUGAGUAGUUCACCGAAGACUACAGUAUUUGCGUCACCUCUUUGUGUUCUAUUCAAACAUGACACCAGUAUUUAAUGACAAAUGAGCACAAUGAGUGCAGAUGCGCUUAAAAGUACAAUUUAAAUGUUGGCAGUCACAUAAAACAAAUAGCUCACCGUUCUUUUUUGUCAAAGCUUAGCUGUAAUAGUGCUGCAAGUUGGAUACACCUGUGCUGUCAUAACCCUGGACUCUGAAUCUAUAGUACUGUUUAUACAGGACAGAUUUCUAUGCCAAAAAUAUUUCAAUUGUUUAUUUUGUGAACUGUUACUUUCAACUAAAAAUAUAUACUCAGCAAUUCAUUUCCUAUGUAUUUGUAUCACUCUAAAACAGGCAUCAAAUUUAUGUUUGUGUCAAAUAGUACAACAUUUUGUACUUUUUGUACUAGUCACGUAGUACUAUUGGACUAAAUAGGUACCAAAAGGGGGCUCGACAUUUUAGACUCUCACUUUGAGUGCUCUCAGCAACUUUGCCAUUACAUUAACAGUUUUGCAAUGUUCUCGGUUCAUGUUCUGCUGGUUGUUGAAAAAAGUUAAAUAAGUUCUCGUAAUAAAUAAGUCAUAAAAAUGUAUUUGUCAUAAUAAGAAAAAAAUUGCAGUGGCAUGACACAGCGGCGGCUUUCCGCCCUCCCAUGCUGCCCGCCACCACAGCUUCAAAGAAUCCUAGGGGAAACCCUGGCAUGUAGUAA